AAUCGCAAAAAAGAGUAUCGCAAAAAUAAAGAUCGCCACGCAACUAAUAUACAUCCUCCUAUCACCACAAAAAAACCAGAAAACCAAAACUAAAACCAAAACUAAACCCCCAAAAAAACCAAAAGAAUCCCCCUUAGAGUUGGUUGACUAGGAUUCAGGCUUUCAGGAUCGAGGCAAGGAGGCUGAGGCGACACGGACUUCGAAUUCGAAUCCAAAUCCGAGAUCAGAGUAGGCUGAGCUCUAGCUCAGAUGUCCAAUUCUCGGAGUACAAACUAUAACACAACACAUCUCGUACCCAUUCAACUGUAGACUCACCAACUCACCAAAAAAAAACUAAAAUCCCAAGGAUUCCCGCAAGCCGAACCAACUAAGGAGCCAGGAGUAGAGGAGUAGAGGAGACUCGAGACUCAAGAAACCGGGAACCGGAACCGGUAGCCGCGCCACACCGUCGAAUGAUGUUAGACAUUAAGAAAACCAGAGGAUUCCACAAGAUUCCACAGGCAUCCAAAUUGCAGGCAACGGCGAACGCAGCCCCAUCAGGAGGAUCAUCAGCAUCCGCAUCAGCAUCCGCAGCAGUAGCAGCAGCAGCAGCCGCUGGAGAGACAAGCGCAGUCACAGGAACAGCAACUGGUAACCAGAACACAUCGUCGCGUCGAGGUUCCGGCUCCAUAUCGCGACUAAAGGGAAGUAAACACACCACGGCAACUACUGGUGCUGCAGCCGGAGCAUCGGUGGCUGUGGGCAAAACACACGCCGCCUUGGCGGCAGCCAAAUACGGAGGCGGAGGUGGAGUAACUGCAGCCGUACGCUCUGGUCCUGGAACUGCAGCAGCAGGAGCAGGAGCUAAUCCCGUGCGAGCCGCCAAUCAGCGCUAUUUCUUGGUGCCCAGCUAUAAGGACCCCACAUUCCUCAAGGCCGAAUGCGAACUGGCCCAUGCCCAGGUGACGACCCAUUCGAAGGGUAAGCCCAGCGGCAAACGUAGUCGUGCCGUGGAGGAUUCCAGAAACAAUAAUCCGGGAACGGGAACAGGAACCGGCACUGGGGUAGCAGCCGGACAACGAUCGAAUCCGGCCGGGGCGCUGGGUGAUAUGCGACGCACGCCCAUGAUCAAUGGCAAUCAGCAGACCGGCAGCAACGGCAUCGGCAACGGCACCGGCACCUCCACCAGCACCAACAACACCACCUCCAGCACAACCACUACCAUUACCACCAUCACCACCACCACCACCACCACUACCAGCAACCUGCUCAAGUACAGUGCCAGGUCAGCGGGAGGAGCCACUGCGACCGCCCACCACCUACACCACCACCAGCAGCCACAGCCACAGCAGUCCCAUAAGCUCUACAAGCUGAAGCCCAUCCACGGCAGCUGCAACAACAACUCGGGCGCUCCCGUAGCUAUUAUGAAUGGUCACACCACGACCACAACCAACCACAACAACAACAACAGCGGUGGACUCAACAGCAUCAACAACAACAUGCAACGGCAGCAGCAACAGCAACAGCAGCAGCACGAUGACAUCAGCUACAUAGACAGCGAUGAGCCGGCAGCGGGCAGCUCGGCAGGAGCAGGAACAGGCACUGGAUUAUCGGGUUCUUCGGGAGCAGGAACGGGAGCCAUCAAGUCUAGCAUUUGCUACUUUAAGCCCAUAACGCCGCCGCAGCUGAGACACCACCACCAGCAGCGGGAGCAGCGUCGGGGCGACGACCAGGAGGCUCCAGGAGGUAAUGGCAAGCGCUACGCCCGCCCCAAGUCGACCAUCAUAGCGUCGGCGCACUCCAACUUCGCGGCCAACUACGAGAAGUUCAACAACUAUCGCCAGACCAACGGAACCCCGGACCCGGCCGCCGGCUCGGAGUCGCGCACCAGUGCUGGAGGCAAUCCCAGCAGCAACGCCCGUCGGUACGGCAUCGAUUCGCUGAGCAUCAAAGCAUCGAUCGAGAAGUUCAACAACCUCAGUGGCCAGAAGCAGAGGCAGGCGACUCCGACGCCAGUGCUGGGAGCCGGAUCGCGGGCAGGAUCGUCGGGUAGCUCGGCCGCGGCCGGACGCAGCAACCAGAACAUUGGGAGCAGCAGCGGGAAUCUGCAGCAGCGCUUCAGCAGCGAUCUGGACAACAUUCGCGUGGCGGCCGGCUACAGUGGCUCCCUGACACGUGCCACCUACCGGUCGACGUCCACCGUCAGCCAGGCGGCGCCGCCGACAGCCGCCGGCUCCGGCAUCGGGUCGAUGGCGGUGAGCAAGGUGCAGAUGCGGGGAGUCCACGGUAGCAACAGCAACCGGCAGGCGGUCGAGUGCGAGGCCAUGACUAAGGUAACGAACAACGACAAUGCCGCGACAGCCACACCAGCUGCAGCCGUGGCAGCCACACCACCACCACCACCACCACAUCAGCCAUCAGCCACGUCUUCCGUCUCCACCACAGCCACAGCCACAGCCCCAGCCUCCAGUACAGUCACAGACACAAGUACAGGCCCAGCUACGGGCUCGAUAGCCGCCAGCGAUAGUACGCAGGCGAGAAGUGCCACCGGGAACAGCGGCAGUGCUCGGAGCGUCCUGCCGCCCGUGUCGCCCACAUCGAGUCGCUACUGGGAGCACGAUCGCGAUCGCGACACAACCACCAGCCGCAGCACCGUCGGCACCUCAUCCUCCCUCAACUCGUCCUCGUUGAAGCACAGCACCGACGAUGGCUACAAGAGCGCCUCCUCAGCCACCAGGGAUGAGAAGUCGGAAGGUUUGUGCGGGCUGAGAAACAUUGGGAACACUUGCUUCAUGAACUCGGUCAUCCAGUGUUUGAGCCACACCCAAGAGUUGACCCGCUUCCUGCGCUCGCACCAUGGAUCGCGUUCCGCCUCCACCAAGGAUCAGCAGAUACUCCACGAAUUUGCCAAACUCAUCCAGGAGAUGUGGACAUCGAAUGUGCACACUGUGACGCCGAUGGAGCUGAAGCGCGCCUUCUCCACCAAGCACCGCAUGUAUAGCGACUACAACCAGCAGGACGCCCAAGAGUUCCUGCGCUUCUUCCUUGACUCGCUGCACUCGGCCCUCAACACGGGCGUAAAGGGAGAGACGCUCAACAUUGAUGAUAAUCUCAGUGACAAUAAGAAGGCGGACCUCACCUGGGAGUGGUAUACGCGGCACGAGAACUCGCUGGUGCGCGACCUCUUUGUCGGGCAGCUGAAGAGCACCCUGAAGUGCACCACCUGCGGCAACACCAGCGUCACCUUCGAUCCGUUCUGGGACCUGAGCGUGCCAUUGCCCUCAUCAUCACGCUGCAAGCUGGAGGCCUGCUUGGACCUCUUCAUUCGCGAGGAGGUGCUCGACGGCGACGAGAUGCCCACAUGCGCCAAAUGCAAGACACGACGGAAAUGCACCAAGAGUUUCACCAUCCAACGUUUCCCAAAAUAUCUAGUUAUACACUUGAAACGUUUCUCGGAGACGCGCUGGAGCAAGCUGUCGAACAUCGUGGAGUUCCCCACAAUGGAUCGCGAACUAAACAUGGGCUCCUAUGGGGCCAACUCCAACUCCAAUGUGCAUUACUCGCUCUACGCGAUAUCCAAUCAUAUGGGCUCAACUGCUGGUGGACAUUAUGUGGCCCUUUGUAAGCAUCCCGUUUCCCGUAAGUGGCACGAGUUCAACGAUAAUAUUGUCAGCGAUGCCUUGUCCGAAAACUUUCUCGUUUCAUCCAGUGCCUAUAUACUUUUCUAUGAGCGUGCGUAAGCUUUCCACGCCAAUUGCAGUGUUUACUUCGUAAAAUGAAAAAAAAGAAAAAAAAAAACCAACAAAAAUAGAAGAAAAACUGGGACGAUGACGGAUGGCGGCGGCAGUAGCUUCCGUGCAAGGGACGGUGAUGUAACAUCUAAACGGGAGGACGGAGGAGACAGCAGCCAGAGCAUGCAGCCGGGAAGGAGCCGGGAAAAAACUUGUAGAAACGCUUCGUAGAACGGCAUUAAAUGAAAAUUACUUAAUUUAACUAAGCUUAAACUGCAAGCACAGGCAACGCAACUAACACCCAAAACAACCCACAAUGCAAGACCCGAGAAACCAAACCAAUUAGGCGCCGGAGGCGGCCCGAAAGCGAAGUAGCAAGUGUGCAUAGAGAUCAUGGACAAAAUGUACAUACUGCAUAGUUGAGCUUCGAUGUCUUAACAUAAACAUGAGAAAACAAUGAACUUGUGUGUGUGAACAAACAAACAAACAAACUAAAAAAAAAAAUCAAUUUUCGGCAAACCAACAAACCUAAACAAACUAUAAACAAAAAUAUCCUGAAAAGAACCAAUCGAAUCGAACUAUUUACAGGAUUCUUUUGUAUAACACACGCACUGACACCAAACACACCACACACAUCACACACACUAAAUCUCGAAAAUAGCAAUCAGCAAUCUAUGUUUCAAUAUUCCUCUAUUAAGUGUUAUUUAUUAAAAACAAAAUUUUUACAUUGAAUUAACCGGGAAGGUCGUGUCUCUCUCUAACCUCUGACCCUUCGGGGCAUAGUCCUCUAUUUAUUGUAAUAUUGUAUAUUGGUUUGCCGAAAAAAGAGUGUCAUGUGGUUGUGUAUAAAGAAAUAAAAAAACAACAAAAAUAAGAAACUAACUACAAUAUUAAAGUGAAACCGAACCGGGAAAUGAAACUAUGCGGAAACUCGGAAGAAUACUAUAAAUAUUUAAAUUCGUCUUUCUUGUGCAAUAUAUUUCAUAAAAAAAAAAGAAACUGCAAUAAAUAGUUCCAACUUAAGACGAUUAACAAAAAAAUACCUUAAAAAAAUAAAACAUCGCAAUCGCACCACAAAAAUCACACUAAAACCUUAAAAACUUAACUAAGAGAAACGGCUUUUUACAACAAAAAAAAAAACAAUAGUAAUUAAUUAAUGGAUAAAACGAGAAAGGAAAACGAAAACGACGCAAGUAAAGCUGAAAUCUGCAUUGUGAAAACGUACUUAUGAUAAAUGCUAGUAGUAAAAUUUAAAAAACAAAAAAACAAAUUUAAAAAACAAAAAACAAAUGGGGGAGAAACGAGAAAGCAACAACACCAAAAACCACAACACGAGUUCGACAAAAAUAUUGUUAUCGUUUAGCCAAGACACCAACCAAAAAACCAUCCAGCCCCGUGGGGGGCCUAACUUCCCCAAGACAAGACACCAACCGCGCGGACUCCGCCAAGGGCAACCAGUAGAUUGUUUUCAAUUUUUUUUUUUUAAUAUUUAAAAUUGUAUUAUUUUUUGCGUGUGUUUUUAAUUAUUCGGUGGGAGAAGACCACAACUAGUCUCAAAAAAAAUAUAAGAUGCAAUGAAAAACUCAACACUGUUAUUUAUGAGCUAUAUACCUUAUGUUAAAAAAAUAACUGUUUAUGUCGUAAUUUUUAAUUUUGUUUGAUUUUGUGCGUACAUAUUUCAUAGUUUAAGUCGAGAGUUUUACACUCACUCCCUCCUCCUCCCCAGCUACCCUCCAUGCCCCCCCUCCCGCGAGUACAUACUAAAUCAACUUAUACUUGCUAUAUACUUACAUACAUAUAUAUAUAUAAAGAAUAUAUAUUUUUGUUGCCUAUUUUGUUUUUAUACCUACAUACAUAAAUAAUAUAUAUUAUGUAAUUUAUUUAUUUAUUGUAUUUAUGUAAAUGAUAUAUAAACCACACAAAUACACAAUACACACACACACACACACACACCCAGAACCACAACCACAACGACUCACUGUUACACUCAGCGAAACUGGAAUAAAUAUGUGUACAUAAUUGAA